CAAAGGUAGAACCAGAGAUUGUUUCCUCUACACUGUAGAAUCUAGAGAUUUAGAGGAUCUAGAGCGCGCGUAGUUAUUUGAGUGGAUAAUGUGUGUAAUAGUGUUCGAAGUUCGAUGUAUGUUUCAGUGAGUUGUUUUUUUUUUCUUACGAAAUGAGAUCUGACAAUUUAUAUUCAGUAUUGCUGGUUGGACCAAAUGAAAUUCAGAAAUCAUUGCUUUUUCAGUGUGCAGUGCAUUUUGCUGAGAAAGGUACCAAAGUGUUGUACAUCUCAUCAACUACUCUCAGUGCACUGCCAACUCCAAUCCAUGGUGUGUCACCUCCAAGUACAGCUGCCUUAAGCCAUAUCAGAUUUAUGUAUCUACCAGGUUAUCAGGAUCUCUUUAAGCAUCUAUUCUCUCUACAUCAACAUGCUCAUGUGUCUAAUGUUGUUAUAGUGGAAAGCCUGGAUCACUAUUUUAACCUCGCAGACCGUAACAUACCUAACAAGAAUCAUGAACGUGAGAUGCAUGCAGCUCUUGUGUGUGCCUCAUUAAUAGAUGCUAUGUCUGUAUGCACCAGACAUUGCGGAAAACCAGCAGUUUUAAUUGCAUCAUUCCAGUGUAAUGACAUGAAAAUAAAUCCAUUGAUCGACCUAUUCUUUUCUAAUAUUGUAUGGUUAGUAGAGUCAGACACUGAUAAUGAAGUAGCUGUGACAAACGCAGUCAUUCUUCCACAACAGUCUUCUAGGAAACAGGUUGUGUUCAAACCAAGGAACUGGGAUGGAACCCUAAUCCUACAUAAGAUUCUUCAGUUAAUUAAUGUUGAAGAAAUUCCACCAGUCCCACAGCACAAGAUUCAACGUCAUCUUUGAGGACUUCAGUUCAAGAUAAAAUAUGUUCAUCCCACGGAAAAGGGUUGACACACUAACAUGAAAGAUAAUAUAAUCUGAAUGUUAUUUGAUGGUUUGUUUUUAACAUGACAUAUGCUGGAUCUGCUUCCAUCAUCGAAAGAAGUAUGAAAUCUACUUUGUUAGGUCCAUUGCAGCUAACUCUAUUCCUGGAGCAGGGAGGCAGGUUUCAUACACUUACCUGAUGACUGAAGCAGAGGAGCCAGGGAGAAUGCUGUAUUUCUUUCAAGAAAAUAAGAAAAUGGAAAAUGUCCAGUAUGAGUAUCAGUUUAGUGACAGAUGGUGACUGAUGUGUAAUGCUUCCAAUAGCGAGCAGUUUUAGAGCUGAGCAUGAGGUCUGUAUAUUGUUUCCUAUAAAGACAAUUAAUUUAAAUGCCCGACCUGUGCCAACAGUGGUAUGCCUACCCAUUUCUACUCAGCUGCUGACAUCAGUGAAAGAUUACUGGAUGAAAGUCAAAAUGACAGCAGCUUGAAUAAUAUUAUAUGGAAGUUCUCUGGUAAUUUUCAGAUAUUCAUAUUACAAUUAUUGUUGUUAUUAAAAUACAUUUCUUUGAUCCAACAGUCACCCCAUAGGGCUGGAUAUAAAAAAUUGUCAUAUAUCAUGUCAGAGACAAACAGUCACAUGCAGUAGAAUACAGAUACACAUUAAAUGUAAUAUGUAAAAUCUAAAGUACAAGGUAAUAAUAAAUCAAGCCUCUUGGAAAACAAUACAAGUUGUCAGUAAAUAAAACAUAUAAAAAUAAUAAAUAAGGCCUUUUGCAAAAAAGCACAAGUUGUCAAUCCAAUUAUAACAAAUUAGAAAGGAAAAUAUUAACUCUGUCGACAACAUCAAUCAA